AUGACUAUCGGAAAGGAUACCUGGCUCCGACGUCGCGACGCUGACGGUGACGAGGACGAUGAGGAUGAGGACGAUGACAUCGACUUCGGCCUGGGCCUCAACCACACCAGCACUAAGAUCACCACGCUUGAUGACGAUGACAUCUAUUCCUCCGUCCUCUACCGCUCGCCCACUAUGGCGAAGGCGCGCCAGGACGGCGGGUCAUCCGACAACGUAUGCUCUUACAACCAGGAUGAGUUUCACUGCGCACGGGCCGACGACAACCGCCACGCUUUUGUGCGGUGGGAGACGGCCGGCCGGUUGUACCACGAGUUCUGCAAUUCAGUCUCUGCCCCAAGCGGCGAGGCCAAUUGGCGGUUUCCGAGGCGGUACAACGCGGGCACGCCGGAGGCGGUCGAGUUUGUCAUCCAGCUGAGCAAUGGUGCGUUUGAAUUCAACCGUGGCCAGUGCCUCGAGAGCAUGGAUUUGAUCAUCAACUCGUGCGACGGCAACGACCCUAACAACCCGCUCAACCUCGAGUUCGGUGGCCGGUACAAGCGGGGAAACUUCCAGUACGAGGUUAAUCCACUUAUGGAGAACCGCGAGAUGGUUACCGAGGCGGGGGGCCGUUGUUGGGGCGAUUAUCGCUUUUUCUAUUCGCACUUUGACGUUGAAGGGCGUGGGCUGGUUGGGCAACGACUUUGA